AUGGGGAAGAAGAAGCGUGCUUCCAAGAAGGUGUCGCCACCAUCAAAGCCAUCAGAAAAGUUGUCAAAGUCCAAGCAAGGGAAGAAAAUGAAGAAGGAUGCAGAGAAGCACAAAGAAGAUGGAACAUCCGUUCACGGUGAUCAGUCAAAUGAUAUGUUCAAUGCUGUAAUCCAAUAUGGUGGUGAGUUUGUGCUUCUGAACAACGGUGAUAAGAUUUACAGAGGGGGUGUGUCGUCGUUAGUUUCGGAACUCUGUUUAGAAGAGUUUACAAUGAAUAAUAUACAUAGUUGUGCUAAUCGAAUAGAUGGGGAACUUUUCAUAGAGCAUGAUGUUGAUGAUUUGGGAGCAUCAGUUACUUCUCCUAGGUGUGUCAAUGAGGUUGUUGAUAUGGAAGGAAGUGAUGAAGGUUUAGGUGACAGUGAAGAUGAGAGGGCCACUGCAAUUCUUGAUGGUUUUGAAGGGAUUGAUAUAGGUUUACCAAUGAAGGAGACCCCAAAAGGUCUUGAGUUUAUUAGUGAGCCUAAAGAGAAAAAGUGUGAGGAAGAUGAGUAUAUUAGUGAUGAGUUGGAAAGUUCAGAUCCAGAUUUGUCAGAUAGUGAGAAGGGAAAAGUCCAAAAAUUUGAAAAGUUUAGAAAGGACCAUUUAAAUAAGGAUUUUAAAUUUCAGUGGGGUAUGCAAUUCAACUCCCUAGAUGAAUUUAGAUAUGCCAUACGUGAAUGGUCAGUAUUAAAUGGGAGAGAAAUAACUUUUACCAAAAAUGAAAGUGAUAGGGUAAGGGUAGUGUGCAAGGCCAAUUGUGGGUUUUUAAUGCUUUGCUCCAAAGUGGGCCAUAAGAGGACUUUUGUUAGGGUUUUAGACAACAAAUCUGCAAAUUCAAGGUGGGUGGCUAAGGCGGUUUUGAAGAAGAUGCAAAGCUCACAGGAUGUUAGAAUCACUGAUAUUAUACAAGAUCUGAGGCAAAAUUACUCAGUUGGAAUUACUGUGGCUAGGGCGUGGAAAGAAAAACUCAUAGCCAAGAAGAUGUUGGAGGGAGAUGCUGAUAGGCAGUAUGCAAUAUUAAGGCGUUAUGCUGCAGAAUUGCAUAGAGCCAACACUGGAAACACACUGCAAUCACUGUUGAAAGGCCAAAUCCAACAAUCCCACCAAGAUUUGGUUAUUUUUAUUUCUGCUUUGAAGGAUGUAAAAAGGGGGAGGGACCCUAAUGAUCAGUAUUUUCCACUUGCUUUAGAGGUGGUUGAGACUGAAACAAAAGAAAGCUGGAAAUGGUUUUUGGAACUGUUGAUGAAUGAUGUGGGCCUUAGUAAGAGGUAUGUAUUUAUAUCAGACCAACAAAAGGGUCUUGUUGCAGUGUUUGAAGAGAUGUUUGAAAGGAUUGAGCACAUAGUUUGCUUAAGGAAUUUAUAUGCUAAUUUAAAAAAAAAAAUUGGAGGAGGUGCCCUAAUUAGAGAUCUCAUGAUGGAAGCUGCAAAAUCCACAUACUACCAAGGUUGGCUUCAGAAGAUGAACGAAUUAAAGUUGGUAGAUCCUAAUGCCUGGACAUGGUUAAUGGGUGUUCCUCCGAAGGCCUGGUGUAAGUAUGCUUUCUCCUUUUAUCCUAAGUGUGAUGUUCUGAUGAACAAUAUUUCUGAAUCUUUUAAUGCUACCAUUUUAAGUGUUAGAGACAAACCUAUUUUGACAAUGUGUGAGUGGAUUAGGAAGUAUUUGAUGAAUAUGUGUCCUGCCUCAUCCCUCAAGCUGAAAAAAUGGCCUCAUAAAGUAAUGCCAAUUCCUAGGAAAAGGCUUGAUAAAGAGGUCAUGCUUAGUGGACAUUGGCUGCCCACCUGGGCAAUGGAUGCGACUUUUGAGGUGAAUCAUUCCUAUAAUGGUCAGAAGUUUGUAGUUGACAUUUCUAAGAGAUCUUGUAGUUGUAAUUUCUGGGAGUUGGUUGGUAUCCCUUGUAGACAUGCUAUUGCUGCUCUAGGUUUCAGACAACAAAAUCCAGAAGAUUUUGUAGACCAUUGUUACUGUAGGGAUAAGUAUGCCAUAUGUUAUAGUUUUUCUAUAAGUCCAAUAAAUGGUGAAGAAAUGUGGCCUGAAGUACAAUCUGAUCCAAUAAUUCCCCCUAUGUACAAGAGAGGUCCUGGCAGGCCUAAAAAAUUAAGGAUCAGAGAGUGUGGAGAAGAUGGUGCAAGGAGGAGGAGAUUUCCAGGUGUGUCUUAUAGGUGUACUAAAUGUGACAAGUUUGGUCACAAUGCUCAAACUUGCAAAAGCACAACUCAAGAUCCUAAUGCACUAAAGAGAAAGAGGAAAAUGAAAGUGGAAGUUCAAUCUGGUACAACUGAAGUUCAAACUCAAGGGCUAUCUGAAGUUCAAACUCAAGGGCAAGCUGAAGGGCAGACUGAAGGGCAAGUGAUAGGGCAAGCUGAAGGCCAAGUUGAAGCACAAAUUGAACAUGCAUAA